ACCUCCGCGCCAGAGCCGUGCCUGCUCUGCGCUCUGUGCUGGGUGCGCGCGGAGGCUUGUGCGCGCUCAGGUUACUCGAGUGAAGUUGUGGACCAGAGGAGAUCGGAGGCAUCCGGCGACCUGAGGACGGAGGAGACGCGUGGAGGCUCCGGAGGAAAGUGGGCAGCUCGCGCCUGUGGCUUCACUUCGCUGGACUGGAUUUACUGGGCGAGGAGACGCACAGGGACGAGUUUGUGGCGUUUAACUGGGGGAGCGAGCAUUCCCAACAGUAUGCGGUGCAGCUAUGGCAGGCAAGGGUAAGACCGUCGUGAGGACGCUGGAGGAUCUAACGCUUGAUUCUGGUUAUGGUGGAGCCGCGGACUCGGUCAGGUCUUCCAGCGUGUCGCUGUGCUGCUCCGACGCGCACCAGUCCAUCGUGCAUGGGGGCAACGGCUGGCAUCUGACGGAAUCCAUGCACAGCCGACAGAACAGCGUGGACACGGUGAACACCGUCCUGGCGGAGGACUCGGAGAUCCUGGAGUGCUCGGGUCAGUGCGUCAAGCUGCCCGAGCUGGAGGACGUGCCAUGGAGCCUCGGCGAGGUGGAGGGCGCACUGAGGAGGGACGAGGACCUGAUGCUGGGGAACCCGCCGCCGGAGGUCCUGGCGCGGCUGUCGGCACUCAUCGGCCGCGCGCUGGUGCGGGUGGCCCGGGAGGCGCAGCGGCUCAGCCUCCGCUAUGCCAAGUGCACCAAGCACGAGAUCCAGAGCGCCAUCAAGGUGGUGCUCUCCUGGACCGUCUCCGUCAACUGCAUCACGGCGGCUCUGAGCGCGCUGUCCCUCUACAACAUGAGCACCGGGGACAAGUUCAGCCGCGGCAAGUCGGUGCGCUGCGGGAUGGUGUUCUCCGUGGGGAAGUUCUUCAGGUGGAUGGUGGAUAGUCGGGUGGCCCUCAGGAUCCACGAGCACGCCGCCAUCUACCUCACCGCCUGCAUGGAGAGCCUGUUCCGGGAGGUGUUCGGCCGCGUCCGGCGCAGCGCGCUGGUGGAGAGGGACAACGGGGUGCCCAAGUUUACGCUGGAGUCUCUGGAGCAAGCCAUCAACGGGGACUCGGAGCUGUGGGGUCUGCUGCAGCCCUACCAGCACCUCAUCUGCGGCAAGAACUCGAGCGGUGCACUGAGCCUGCCGGAGAGUUUGAACCUGCACCGGGACCAGCAGCGCUCCGGGAGGGGCGGCGAGGGCCAGGGCUACUCGCAGGCCGAGCUCCGCACGCUGGAGCAGUCGCUCCUCGCCACCCGGGUGGGAAGCAUCGCCGAGCUGAGCGACUUGGUUUCCCGGGCCAUGCACCACCUGCAGCCGCUGCACAUCAAAAACCCCAGCAAUGGCACGCCUGUCCACCAGAAGACCAGCAGCACGGUGCACUGGGAGCCCGAGGCGCUCUACACCCUGUGCUACUUCAUGCACUGCCCACAGAUGGAAUGGGAGAACCCGAACGUGGAGCCGUCCAAGGUCACGCUGCAGACUGAGAGGCCGUUCCUGGUGCUGCCGCCGCUGAUGGAGUGGAUCCGGGUGGCGGUCGCCCACACCGAGCACCGGCGGAGCUUCUCCGUGGACAGCGACGACGUGAGGCAGGCGGCCCGGCUGCUGCUGCCCGGUGUGGACUGUGAACCCCGGCAGAUAAAAGCGGAGGAUUGUUUCUGUGCCACCAGGAAGUUGGACGCAGCCUCCACCGAGGCCAAGUUCCUGCAGGACCUGGGCUUCAGGAUGCUCAACUGCGGGCGGACGGACCUGGUCAAGCAGGCGGUGAACCUGCUGGGGCCUGAUGGCAUCAACAGCAUGAGCGAGCAGGGGAUGACCCCUCUCAUGUACGCCUGUGUCCGGGGCGACGAGGCCAUGGUCCAGAUGCUGCUGGACGCCGGCGCCGACAUCAACAGCGAGGUCAGUGAUUCUCCGGUGCCCACCACAGUAAACAAGCACCCCUCAGUUUACCCCGAAACGCGCCAGGGGACGCCGCUCACUUUCGCUGUGUUGCACGGACACGUCCCUGUCGUGCAGUUGCUGCUGGAUAACAGAGCGAAUGUGGAGGGCGCCCUGCAGGAUGGGGCUGAGAACUACACGGAGACGCCGCUUCAGCUCGCCGCCGCUGCAGGGAACUUUGAGCUGGUGAGUUUGCUUUUGGAAAGAGGGGCCGACCCCAUGAUUGGGACCAUGUGUCGAAACGGCAUCUCGUCUGCUCCACUGGGCGACAUGAACUCCUACAGCCUGGCAGCAGCACACGGCCACAGGAAUGUGUUUCGGAAGCUGCUGUCCCAGUCGGAGAAGGACAAGGGGGACGUGCUGUCCCUGGAGGAGAUCCUGGCCGAGGGUUCGGAUCCCGGGGAGAAGAGGUUGGCUCUGCAGGCCAACAGCGGCAGCGGGACCCUGCGAACAGGAAAGGCCAAACUGAGAGCCCUGAGAGAGGCCAUGUACCAUAGUGCAGAGCACGGCCAUGUGGACAUCACCAUAGACAUCCGCAGCUUAGGCGUUCCCUGGACGCUGCACACCUGGCUCGAGUCCCUGCGCACCUGCUUCGUCCAGCACCGCCGGCCGCUGAUCCAGGGCCUGCUCAAGGACUUCAGCUGCAUCCAGGAGGACGAGUACACGGAGGAGCUGAUCACGCACGGCCUGCCGCUCAUGUUCCAGAUCCUCCGCACCAGCAAGAACGAGGUGAUAAGCCAGCAGCUGUCGGUUAUUUUCACACAGUGUUACGGGCCCUUCCCCAUCCCCAAGCUCACGGAGAUCAAGAGGAAACAGACCUCGCGCUUAGACCCUCUCUUCCUGAACAACAAGGACAUCUCUGACGUCACGUUCCUGGUGGAGGGGAAACCGUUUUAUGCACAUAAAGUUUUGCUGUUUACAGCUUCAGCCAGGUUCAAGUUGCUGCUUCAGAACCGACCAGCAGCAGAAAACACCUGCAUUGAGAUCAGUCACGUCAAGUACAACAUAUUUCACCUGGUGAUGCAGUAUCUGUACUGCGGCGGCACCGAGUCCCUGCACAUACGCAACACAGAGGUCAUGGAGCUCCUGUCUGCAGCCAAGUUCUUCCAACUCGAGGGCCUUCAGAGACACUGUGAGAUCAUCUGCUCCAAGAACAUCACCACAGAGACCUGCGUGGACCUCUACAAGCACGCCAAGUUCCUCGGCGCGUCUGAGCUGACGGCGUUCAUCGAGGGCUAUUUCCUGAAGAACAUGGUGCUGCUGAUCGAGCUGGACGCCUUCAAGCAGCUCCUGUACGAGCCUCCUCCGGCCGAGAGCCCCGUGUCCAGCCCCGGCAUCUGCUCCGACAUCCUCCUGGACCUGGAGAAGACUCUGGCCACGCGCAUCCACUCCAUCCACCUCUCCACCUCCAAGGGCUCUGUGGUGUGACCCAGUCCUCCCCGGGGGCCUUUCCCAUCCGGAUGCAGCAUCCAUGUAACGCCACCGUUAACACACUGUCACCCCGUCCACCUGCCCUGGCCCCGUUGAUGAGGAGGAGGAGGAGGAGGAGGAGGAAGAGGAGGAGGAAGAGGAGGAAGAGGAGUUUUUCUAUGUCAGGGAUUCCCUUUAAUUCUGCCUGUUGCAGCUAACUGAAGUUAAACGAGACAAAAAUCAAAGGGAGAACUUUCUCACUCGUCCUCCCACUGCUCCCACUUCACGUCCCAUUCAGUCCAAAACAAACUGAGAAUAAUAACGACAAAUAAAAAAAAAAACACAACCCAACAGUAUAACUUAGACCAAACCUCGAUUAUACAACUUUCUAUGGUAUUUCACGUAGAGAACAUGCAUGAAAUACAGACUAUUUACCUUUUGGUUUUGCUUUAUGCUUAAAGAAAAAGGUAGAGUAGAAUCUAAACUCAACACAAGCAGCUUUCUCUCGUCACCUCGAUCAGGAGACUUUGGUUUACAGAUGUCAUCUCUUCAUGGAAGUGGAUGCCGUCGCCAUUUUGAAGUUUCACAAAAGCCAAACACGUGAACAUAAUCCAGAGUACACACCCGAUUUUAAAAAAGUGAUUAGUAGCAAAGCCAGCAGAUACAGAUUCCCAGGUGGACGUGUCCUUUCUGUCUCCUCUGUGUGGGCGUCUCACUGUGUUAUAUCGACCGUGUGCAGAGGCCAAACCAAUCACACCAACUUCCACCGACCGUGGCCGACACACCGCUGAAGAAUCUAUGCUUGAAACGCGGACGUCCACCUGGGAGAGGAAACUUGUGAUAGACCAACGUGAACACACUGUUAUUAUCUUGGGUUCUUUUUUUUGCAUGAGACCUCCUGGAACUGAGCUGACCCCAUGUUGCUUUUUAUGAGGAGCUUACUUUCAUGAACAAGGGGGGGGGGAGGAUGCCUGUUGAACUUUCCAUCCACAGCAGGACAGACGGGACUGAGCGGGACAGACGAGGGACAGACGAGGGACAGACGAGGGACUCUUGAAGUGUAAAUACGUCCUGAACGUCAUCGUGAUGGUUCUUUUUGUUAUUUUCCUUUUUUUUGUAAACUGAUGUACAGUAUCCUCCUCCAGCCGCUGACCACCGGUCUCAUUGAAUUGAAUGUUGCUCCCUGGACAGUUUGUUCCUGCUGUGUGUGUCUGUGUGCGUGUGUGUGUCUGUUUAUGCAAAGUUGCAUGUUUAAUCUGUUUCAGUACGACUCCUGCGUUGCGCUGUAGCUGUGCUCUGUGUGUAGACGGGUCGGAGCUGAAGUUCAGUCACAGGACGUUCCAUUUAUUUCAUUUUCAGAUGUUUGAUGAAGACACAUUCUUUGUUUUUUUUCACCUUUCCAUCCUCAUCUUCUCAGUAACAUCAGCACUGAAUUCAUUAGUAGACGUCGUUUUAUGACAGAUGUAUUUCUAUUCACUUGUUUCUCUGGUCACACCAGAAACUUUUGCAAAAAAACUGUUGGAAAAUAAGAAGUGAAAACAAGUUCAUAGUGAAGAGCAGGCGAUUUAAAUGUCCUCUGACACGGCAGCAGAUCAAAACAUCACAUCACAGCUGGUGGAAGAAAAUUGUGUUGAUCCGCAUUUUCUUUUGAUUGAUUUCUGAAAAUGUAUUUAAGAUUUGUUCUAAAUUCAGAUGUUCGGUUGCAAAGCACAAACUGCUGCUUAAGAAAACAUCUGUUUCUGAUGAAAUAUGGAAAGAUGCUUUGUGUUAUCAACUAAAAACUUUACUAAGACUGAGGAGGAAGAAACACCCAACUACUGAUGUUAGAGCUCUGUUUUGUGUUGUGUCUAUUGAAGGUGGAAGCUGAAGAUUAACACAAUGUGAAGCUUUGAAUAAUUAGCAUUUUGCUUCUGAGUCAAAUCCACAUGAAUUUGUUGACUGUGGCAAAAAGAAAAUUAUCCCCCAAAAAACACAAAACCUUCUGAGUUCACCACACAACUGAGGGUUGAAUCAUCCAAAAGACAAAACCGGAUUCUUCAGUGAGGAAACUGAAAUAAAGAAACAGGCGGUCACACAGUCACUUACACUAACAGGAUCUUUAGUGUUACUGGAUGAGUCACAUGUUUGUGUGUUCGGCAGAAUUGAGAAUAUGUGUGUGAGGACAGAAAGGAAGGGGAAUAUUUCAUUAUAAAUCUAAAGAAAGGGAAACUAGAUCUCAGGCACCUGAACCAGUUACAACAUCGAUAAAUGAAACUAAAGGAAAUGGCAGAUGGGUGUUUAUGUCAGUUAUUGAUCUGGUGAUUGUUCCAUGUGUUGUGAGAUCGUUUUCCUCUUUUUGUGGCUACAGUUCAAAGUUGUUGUUUAGUAUUAAUUUGAUUCCAUGAAGAAAAGUUUCUUGGUUUCCAUCAGCUCUCGAUGCAAAGUGUCCUCUUACCUUGUGGUGGGAGUUUCUGCAUGAAUCUGAUUUCAACUUCAGAUAAAAUACAAAACUUAUGGCUUCAAAUAUUGUAGCACACUCCAAAAAAAACAUCUACUCAAAUAUUUGUUUUCCUUGUUUUGGACUGAAAACCAUGAGAAACCCUGAGGCACAUACAAGUUGGUUUGACUUCUGUAAAUAGUUACAGAAAAUGAAAUAUAUAUAUAUUAUCCUACAACUUUAUUUUCUUACCUACAUACAUAGCGCUAUAUAUUUUAUUUUACAUUCCACAGCUAUUUUGUUUUACAAAAGAGAUAUAAGAAAAAACAGAUGAUAUAAAAAGAUGCUAUAAAGUUUUGAAAUUAAGCAAUAUUUCCAUCGGAUUGUAUUAUUUAGACGAAUAUGUCACAUGGAUUUGGAGCUACAGUAUAAAUGUGAAUCAAAAGACACACAACAGACAAAUGAGUGACUGAGAACAACUGAAUAUACUAUGUUUUGUUUAUAUUUUGUUAAGUUCAAAUUGUCUAUUUGCUUUUAAAUGUAUUUCAGCCAUUUUAAGAGAUUAUAACUUUUUCCCUGAGAGCGUUAACGAAGCAGAUAAGUUAUUAACUGGACAUAAAUCACCCUCGCACCAUACUUGACUUUUCUAUUCACUCAUCCCACACACGCCCAUGUCAUUUAAAAUAGAUGAUUUAAAUGUGCAAAUGUGACUUAAGAUGCAAAACCAGGGUAACAAGGUUCAUAAUGAUGUCAAGCACUGUGUGUGCCAGUGUCACUUUGUAGCCUCACAAUCGAACGUGAGCUUCAGUUGGAGUCGUGUUGUGCGACAGCUGGAUCCGGCUUGAACGUUUAAAACAAGAUGUUUCUAUGAGUCUCAAUGUUUGCGUCCUUAGCAGAAGACUAUCUUUAGCUUGCCCCUGCCCUGGAGCUUCUGAUCCAGCCCCGGGGUCGAGGCUGUAACCGUCGGUUCGCAUGGCUCUUCAUGUUCGGUGUCGUCCAGAAUGUGCUUUGUCCACCAGCUUUGUCCAAACGAGACUCUCUCUCCUCCGGUCGUCGGAGAGUUUUUCUUUGCCUGCGUAUUUGCUCCUGGUGAUAAACGACUUUUCUCCAAUAGAAGCAGUGGAAACAUGCAUGGGACGUUCACUAGGUUUCUAAUCCACAAGGAGGUGUGUGGGGGGGAGGGGGGGACUUUUGCAAAUUUUAUUUUUUUCCCCCUUUGAUGAGAACAUGUAUAUUGUACAAAGUAUGUAUAUGGAAUAUAAAUUAUACAUGGUGUGAGGAGCAGGGAUGUGGUGGAGUAUAACAACAAACAGGAAUGUUACACUCGUGCUACGGUUUCUGUCGUUCCAUGACAUGCUUUUGUGGACAGCUAAUAAACGACCACAGUUCAAAAGGA